UCCCAAAAAUAGCAAAUAUGAUAAUCGCUUGUGGCUGUACUUGGCCGUUGAGAAUCCUUAUUCAUCAAGCAUAUAUUCUGGAUGGAAAAGGAGAGCUAAUUUUCGCUUCAUUAUUUUAAACCAGUUCGGAAAAGUUUUCUACAAAACAAUUGACACAUCAACCUUGUUCAGCGGUUAUACGCCAGCCAAGGGUGUUGGCAUACUUCCUCUUAGCAUGCUUAAAGGAAUGGGAUGUCUGGAGAACGACAAACUGAUUGUCAAAGUAGAAGUAAAAGUAGUUGAAGUAGCAUAUUUAACUGGGCGGGAGAUGUCCGAAGUCGAAACGUUCGAGGUUCCAUUAACUCAGGUUCAGACAGUGAGCAAGAUUUUCGAAAAGCACCCGGACAUUGCAGUAGAUUUCAAACCAAAAAGCCCAACGUUGAAGACAGCAUACAUGAUUGUCCUCCUCGGCCUUAUCCAGAAACUGCGCAAGCCUCCACAGGGCCUUUCUAAGACUGAGCUAGAAGACGCUCAAAACGAGUUGAACGACCUAACGGAAGCAGGAUUCAAGCUAGAUUGGUUAAAGACAAAGCUUGAGGAGGUUUCCUUGAAGAGAAAGAAUGCAUUUGCUGGUGGUUGUCAGGUUGAAGAAGUGGAGGAACGUAUCAAGAAUCUGGAGCUGACUUUGUCGAAUCUAAAAGUUGAACUGAAAAGUGAGAAGGCUAAAUCUGCUGUUGAUAAUGCUAGACUUUUGUCGCUUGACGACAUUCUUUGA